AUGUGCCCUGCUUCAGCGGACUCCUGUGACAAUCCGACAGCGACCUGCCAAAUAGACACGGUUUAUCGUGGCUGCUUUAUGAUGGCAGAAGAAAAUACACUGGAGGGGACACAGACCAAGGCCUUCUCCAGAGGCUGUUCAGGAGACCAGAAUAACCGCAAAGAAGUCAUCUCUUUCACUGUUGGGAAGGGAAAGUAUGUGAGGCUCAGCACCGAAAUAUGCAACACAGAUAACUGUAACGCGGCUAAACUGGAAGUGCCCAAGGAGAACACCACCAAGAACGGGCUGCAGUGCCCAACCUGCUUUUCUCUGAACUCUGAUCCAUGCAACAGCUCAGUCACCCCUUGUAUGGGGGACGAGACCUAUUGCAUCGAUUUCGCUGGGAUUCUACAGAAAGCUACAUCUGCUUCAGAUAUCUCAACAUUUGUUGCAAAAGGCUGUGCUACUACAUAUGCAAAAGACAUUACAACUGGAAGCCCCCUAGUUUCUGCACUCUCCGCGUUCGUGUUCACAAAGGCGACCGCCAAACCUGCGGAGAAAUUAACCAACAGCGGAAGCAGCCCGGCUCUGGGGCGAUUCUCCUUCGCCCUCUACCUGCCUGGCCUGACUGGGCUGCUGCUGGUGAAGCUGCUCUCCUGA